AUUGGGUGCUUAGAGUAAUAAAAAAAAGUAAAAAUUGAAAGUUACACCGUUAGUUAUAUUUAAAUCAUUCUUAACUUAAAUUAACCUUUGAAUUUACUUAACGUCGAUGUCCCCGCAAUUAAACUUGGCUUGAUCAGAUUUUGUCAAUCAUUUCGUAACGUAACAGUGGCAAGAAUAAAUUGAUUGAUUGAUGAUUUCUGAAGGCUGCAAGUUAAAAUAAGUUUCACCGGAUACAUAAAAUAGAUGUAAAUAGAUGGCAGCAUUAAGUAAAUUUUUGGCAGGCUGUGUGACCCCACGAAAUGCAGCUACACUUAUUGUGGCGUCAGCCGUUGUGUGGACGUUGGCUCGAAAAGCUUCUGCCAAUCAAAAGAGAAGAGCCAAGUACCUGCAAAAUCAAGAUGAUGAUGUUUCCCAUUUCAUACAUGAGCCAGAAAAUAAAGAAAAGGCAGCUGUUGACAUGGAGUUUUUCAGGCAAUUGAGAAAGAUCAUAAAGAUGAUUAUGCCCAGUUGGUUCUCUGCAGAGGGUUGGUAUGUGUUUUUGGUUGCGCUGGCACUGGGUUCAAGAACUUUCUGUGAUGUCUGGAUGAUAAGGAAUGGAACCUCUAUUGAAAGCUCCAUCAUAAGUCGAAACAAGGAAUUGUUCCUGAGGCAUUUGCUCAAAUUCAUCUACGCCAUGCCUGCUAUAUCCAUUGUAAAUAACAUAUUAAAGUAUAGCCUAGAUGAGUUGAAGCUAAGAUUCAGGACGAGACUCAGUUUACAGUUGUAUUCCAAAUAUCUCAAGGGAUUCACAUACUACAAGAUGACUAAUCUAGACAACAGAGUGGCCAAUGCCGACCAACUGCUCACACAAGAUGUGGAAAAACUUUCAAAUAGCAUUGGCGAACUCUAUUCUAAUCUUAGCAAGACUAAGAAGGCCCAUAGGAAAGUUGACAGUGUUGGAGCAGAAGUUGGAGGGGGAGCUGAGGUGAAUCACUUGAGAAACCUAAUCUUCUUCAGAUUUACGAUGGGUCUAGUAGACAACAUCAUCGCUAAAUACGUAGCCACGGUGGUCGGUUACUACGUCGUCAGCAGGCCCUUCCUUGACCUCCUGAAUCCUCGACAUGCCAACUCUUCGCAUUCAGAAAGAUUGCAAGAUUAUUAUGAGAGUGGUAGGAUGUUAGUGAAGAUGGCCGAGGCUAUAGGCCGAGUUGUCUUGGCCGGUCGGGAACUCACAAGAUUGGCUGGCUUCACAUCAAGAGUGACAGAGUUCAUGAACGUCCUGGACGAUUUGAAUUGUGGCAAAUAUGAGAGGACCAUGGUCGGCAGUGCUAGUAAUGGAGGAAAUAAAGAUCCAGAUUUUAAUUUAGUGCCUGGUUGUGGAGAGUUGAUAAUUAAAGACAAAAUCAUCAAGUUCGAGAAGGUACCUCUGGUAACUCCAAAUGGAGAUGUGCUUGUGAGAGAGUUAUCAUUUGAGGUGAGAUCAGGUAUGAAUGUCCUCGUUUGCGGACCGAAUGGAUGUGGAAAAAGUUCUUUGUUCAGAAUUUUAGGAGGGCUUUGGCCACUUUUUGGGGGCAAAUUGACAAAACCUGACAACAGACAACUUUUCUACAUUCCUCAACGGCCAUACAUGACCGUCGGAACAUUAAGGGACCAGAUUAUUUAUCCACAUUUAAAGGAUGAGAUGAACGGGAAAGGUCUGAAGGACACUGAUUUGGAGGACAUUCUCACAAAAGUGCAGCUGUCAUACAUCUUGGAGAGGGAAGGUGGAUGGGAUUCUGUGCAGGAUUGGAUGGAUGUCCUGAGUGGAGGGGAGAAACAAAGAAUAGCUAUGGCAAGACUGUUCUAUCAUUGUCCGCAGUUUGCAAUAUUGGAUGAAUGCACCAGCGCCGUCAGUGUCGACGUGGAAGGGUUCAUGUACCAACAUUGUAGACAGGUUGGCAUAACGUUAUUCACAGUAUCACACCGCAAGUCCCUGUGGAAACAUCAUGAAUACUAUUUGCAUAUGGAUGGUCGUGGAUCGUUCACUUUCAAGCCCAUAACAGAUGAAACAAUGGAAUUUGGCUCUUAAUUAUGUCUUGUUGUGUUACUUUUUACUAAUUCAUGUGGUCCAUUACAUAAAGAAAAUAAUUAUGAUUAUUUAGGCGAAUCUUUUUUAUUAUUAACUUUAUUUUAUACGGAGAACGAAAUUAUGUGAUAUAAAUUAUAGUAACAGCUCUGUUAAAAUAUAUGCAUAGGUUUUGAACGCCAUCUAAAUGAUUUGUAAAAAAAUUCGAACUUGAUAAUCUUAUGGAUGCAAAUUUAAAAUAAAUGAAAUUACUCUUG